GUUCUCGGCCUGUUCUGCACAGCUCGACCGAUGGAUCCUCACAGGUGAACGCGAACGCUGAACUCAACGCUGAUCAUGGCUGAGAGUCCACAGGAGCGCAGCCCAGGGGUGUUGAGUCGCAUUGGGAGCUGGUUGGCGUGGGGUUGGAGCGGCCCGGCUCUGAGCGGAGAUGAUCCCGACUCCGAAACACAGCGAGAGGAGGCGUCUGACGAGGACAACAGAGGAACUGCUGGUGCACAUGAGAGAAACAGUCCUGCAGUAGAUGAACCCGCUCCAGCAGAGAAAAGCCCUUCCCCGAGCCGGAAUGCCCAACAUGCGAGAACCCAGGUGUGCCGAGAGCAAAGAAGAAGAAGUGAAAACGACAAGACCGUUGUAAAAAGAAGCAAACGUAGUCAUUCGUUUGAGAGUAACAGAAGCAGAUCAACUCCUGACUUCUCUGAUCAAGAUAACACAGAGCAAAUGGGACGCAGGAGAUCUGGAAGGAGGAGGCGGGGCUCUCAUGGAGAUGUGGGCGGGGCUCAAACUAAAUCACCAACCAAUCCUCAGCCUGAUAGUCCUGUAGCAACCAGUUUGGCAACCAGCCCACAGUCGGCAUGUGCUGACUCAGCUUUUGAGGCGGAAAACGACGUUCAGGAAUGCUCCGGAGCAGAAGCGCCAAACUCAGGUAGUCGUGAGGAUUUUGUCCGAGCAGAAUGUGUGGAAACACACCUGAGCGAGGACAAGACUGAUUCCCCGAGCUCACCGGUCACUGAAGCAGACAUCAUGGACGAGGAACCUGUGGUGAGAAUGACCGAGAGCGCUGAAUCCAAACGCAGGAGUAUCAAAGUGUCUCACAGCGAGAAGAUCUUUGCUAAAAAGCUGCUGGUUUCAAAUGAAGAUCCUCAAGGGACGUUUAAAAGCACCACGGAUCCUAAAUGGCCGAGAUCUGAUGAGAAAGCCAGAUGUCCAGAGGACAGAGUGGACGGCACUAAUGUGAAGUCCAGUCAUCAAAAGGGACGAAUCGCAGACAAGAUCAGUCUGUUUGAAAGAGGAGCGACCAAAGCUGUCAGUAGCUCCACAAACCUGCGUCAUCUGGAUAUUUCUCCAGCUCGAAAUGUGGCUAUUCGACUCAAAGAAGAUGCCGGAACGCGAUCCAGUUCUGCACCUCCGAAACAAACGGUUAAAGAGAGAGCAAUGAAUUUCUCUGCAGGACAGAGGGGAGAAGAGAAGUUAACAUUGUCGUCUGGAGUGUCUGGUCAUGCAUUGAGCGAAGGACUUUUAAAAACAGCUAAUCGUACUGAAGCAUCUUGUUCAGGAAGUUUUGAAAAAUCUACAGCAAAUACCAGCGGAGAACCCAAACCCAUAGAUCAAACGGACUCCAAAUCCCACAAUGCAACACAAAGCAAACCUGAGAGCACUAGUGACUCGAACAUUGGGAAUAAAGAGUUGGGUAAAGCGAGUUGUUCUGCACCGACAGUUUCAUCUCCUAUUGACGAGAGCCCGCCGGUGAAAUCUCCAAACCGGACAGGCUCGCGAUCUAAAAAAAGACGAAGCAAAGAACCGCUCAGCCCCACCAGCAAGAACAAGCAAGAAAUGGGUCAAGGUAAACAGGAGGUCAAGGACAAGAAGAGCGACACAGCGUGUAAUAUAACCCCAAAACCUCUUAUAGAUGCGGGAGACGUUGUAAAGACCACAGACCAGUAUGUGAAAAGCACUUCUGGUGAUGAGCCUAAAAUCCCUUCAAAGUUGGAGAAAGCAGGAGAUAUAAUGCAAAGCAUGAAGGCAACAUCAAACACAGACUCAAAGACGUUACAAAAGUCUCCACAUAUGGACACAGAAGGUCUCAAAGAAAUGAAAAGCAUGGAUAAGAAGGAGAGAGAGAGUAGGAAUGACUUUGAAGCACAGAUAGUGACUGCUUACAAGGUAUCCGUCUCUCAAACUGAGAACAGCUCGAAUGAAGUGAAUAUAGAGCGGACAGGCAUUGACUCAAAAACUGAAGAGCAACAGAAAAACAGCAACAAAAAGCAGCCUGUUCAAGAGAGCUCAGAAGGAGAGGGGCGGAAGAACAGAGACCCGAUUGUAAACACAUUGUUUAGAGAGUCAGGGAAACUGGAUCCAUCUGUGACAAAUGAAGAGAAACCACCAUCCCCGGAGGACUCUAAAGACUUCUUGGUGCCAGCCAAUAGCAGCAAUGCAUCUUCUAGGAAAGAUGCCAAGCGGAACAGAGAGAGUGAGACAGAUAUGUUGGUCUUACCUGAGAAAGACAGCACUACGUGUGUGCAAAAAGCGAAAAAUGACCCAAAAUCAGACGAGGCACAAAGACCAUCAAAGCCAAACCAUAAGAGUAAAGAAAAAGACUGUUUGACUGAGGUAAACAAUCAGAGUACAGAAGCAACCGAACAACUGAAAACAACUGAGACACACAAACACAGCAAUGAAGUCAACACAUCAAAGCCAACCGAGCAAAAUAUAGAAGGUGAAAUUACAACGAAGACAACUAAACAAGGUAAAUCAAAGGACAGCUUAGCCGUAAAGCCCAAAGAGAUUAAACAAGAAGACACUACAAUUAUGGCAACCAGUCAGGGUAAAGAAAUGCAGAACACAGAGAAAAACUCUUCUACUGAAUUGAAGGAUCAGACUAAAGAAAAGGAUGCUUCUACAAGUAGGGCACUGGCAACACCGAACCCUGCACUGGUAAAAAAACUAAAUGAUGAAGCGGACACUAUAAUUUCACCUCAUAUUCCACCUAUAGAGAGAGGCGGUCCCAAAAGAGACAGGCAACAAAGCCAAUCAGAGAGCCGAAAAGCUUCCAGUAAAAGGGAUUUACAACAACAACAACAACAACAAAAGACCAGCACUGAAGCUAAAGAUGGAGACACAAACAAAACCAAGAGUAAAAUCACUAGUACAGAAAUUACAUCCAUAGUAAAUGGCGACAUAAACUCUGCAGAGACAGAAGAUCAGUUGUCUGAUAAUACUUUUCCUGUAAUACCAACCAAUAAUGAGAAUCUAUCUCUGCGCUCUGUGAAAAAGAAGCCCACUUCAUCGUCAUCCACAGCCAAUGAAGCAUCUAUCGAGCAGUCUGGCCAGGCCGGUGAAAAGGUUAUCUCUAAACCAGCAUCAACAAAUGAGACAGUCUCCAGUUUACCAGCCUCAAGUGAUGACAAGAGCACAUCUUUAGUUUUACCUAAGGAAGACUCAGCUAAUGAAAAGACACCACAAGCCUCAACCAAUGAGACAACCUCCACUUUGCCUGCCUUAACUAAUGAAAAGACUAUGCCUCCACCGGCAUCAACCCUUGAGACAACCUCUGCUUCAUUAGGCUCCAGUGAUAAACCUCCACCAGCCUCAACUAAUGAUAGGAACACAACUCCAUCAGAAUUGGCUAGCACAACUAAUGAAAAUACCACAUCUCCACAAGCCUCCACCAAUAAGACAACAUCCACUUUGCCAGCCUCAACUAAUGAAAAGACUAUGCCUCCACUAGCAUCAACCCUUGAGACAACCUCUGCUUCAUUAGGCUCCAGUGACGACAUGAUCAAACCUCCACCAGCCUCAACUAAUGGAAAGAACAAAACUCCAUCAGACUCAAUCAAUGAGAUAACCACACCUUCAGCCUCAACUAAUGAGAUAAUAUCCAGUUUACCAGCCUCAACUGAUGUAAAGACAACACCUCCAUCAGACUCAAUCAAUGAGAAAACCACACCUCCAAGAGCCACACUUCCAACAGCCUCAACUGAGAUAAUAUCCAGUUUACCAGCCUCAACUAAUGAGAUAAUAUCCAGUUUACCAGCCUCAACUGAUGUAAAGGCAACACCUCCAUCAGACUCAAUCAAUGAGAAAACCACACCUCCAAGAGCCACACUUCCAACAGCCUCAACUGAGAUAAUAUCCAGUUUACCAGCCUCAACUAAUGAGAUAAUAUCCAGUUUACCAGCCUCAACUGAUGUAAAGGCAACACCUCCAUCAGACUCAAUCAAUGAGAAAACCACACCUCCAAGAGCCACACUUCCAACAGCCUCAACUGAGAUAAUAUCCAGUUUACCAGCCUCAACUAAUGAGAUAAUAUCCAGUUUACCAGCCUCAACUGAUGUAAAGGCAACACCUCCAUCAGACUCAGCUAAUAAAAGCACAACUAAUGAAAAUAUCACAUCUCCACAAGCCUCCACCAAUAAGACAUCCUCCACUUUGCCAGCCUCAACUAAUAAAAAUAACACAACUCCAUCAGACUCAGUCAAUGAGAAAACCACACCUCCAAGAGCCACACUUCCACCAGCCUCAACUAAUGAGAUAGUAUCCAGUUUACCAGCCUCAACUAAUGUAAAGAUAACACCUCCAUCAGACUCAGCUAAAAGAAAGACAAAUGGUGAAAAGACCAUGCAUCCACUAGCAUCAACCAAUGAAAAGGCAAAGUCUCCACCAGCCCCAACUAACGAGACAAUCUCCACAUUGCUUGCCAAAACUAUUGAAAACACCACGCCUCCAACAGCAUCAGCUAAAGAAAAGACCACACCUCUACCAGAAUCAACCUUCGAGAUAACCUCCACAUUUUUAGGCUCAACAAAUGAAAAGACCACACCUUCUCCAUCUUCAACCGUUAAAUCGACCUCCACUUUAUUAGGCUCAGGUGAUUACAAGACCACACCUCCAUUAGUCUUAACUAACGAAGCACCUAAAACUCCCCCAGAUUCAACUAAUAAAGAGACUACACCUCCGCCAGCCUCAACCAAUGAGACAGCCUCCACUUUGCCAGCCUCAACCAAUACAAAUUCUUCAACUAAAGAAAAAGCUCCACCUCCAGCCACAACCGAUUCACCAGUCUCCAAUGAUAAGACUACUAAAAAUGAGAAGACAUCACUACCACCAGCAUCACCUUCGUUCCCGUUACUCUCUACCAAUGGAGGGAAUAUAACUCCACUUCCUUCAUCCAAAGAAAAGAAAACUCCUUCAGACUCAGCUAAUGAAAAUACCACAUCACCACAAGCCUCAACCAAUAAGACAACCUCCACUUUGCCUUCCUCAACUAAUGAAAAGAAUACGGCUUCACCAUCAUCAUUCAAGGAAAAGACAUUGCCUCCUGAUGCCUCAACCAAAGAGAAAAUCUCAGUCAGUGAGAAAUCCCCAUCUCCCUCCAGCAAAUCGAUAGAUCCAGCCACAAGAAAAAAGGAAUUUAUCCCCAAACCCUUCCUCCUUCAAAAAAUCCCUUCUGCACCUGGAAGCUCCUCCCUGAACAGGGACUCUCCAUCUAGCUGGCUUGAUCUGGAUCUGCAACGUCCUAUAAAAAAGAAGCAGUUGAUUUCAGAACCAAAACCUAAGCUCGGCACAUCUGUGAGGAAGACCAACCUGGAUACAUCGGGAGAAAUCGACCCAGAUGACUUUAUUGUAAAUGUGAAAAGGCUAGCAAAGCCGUUCAAUCUUCCCCAACGCAAACACAACCAUCAUCGCCCAAAAGCCCCUCCGUUUGUCCUUCCAGCCAUCAGAGAAGACCUUUUCGAGAAACCCUUUGAUCCGGAGGAGUUCCAGUAUGGUUUGAGGAGAAGGAGGGAAUUCAUUUUGGAUCUAGCUCCCAGUUCAGUUUCCAAGAGCCAAGACACAGACGCCAAGAAGGAGGACUCCAAACCUAAGUCGACAAAACCUGAGCGUGAGAGCAUCCUCACUAGGUCCCUGAUCUUCCAGAGAAACAGGAAGGAGUCUGAAAAGGAAGAGGGAGAAAAAGAGGAGGGGUCAGAUGAAAGUAAAACAGAACCAGUGAAAACAGAACCAGUGAAAACAAGGUCUCGUUUGGAGAGGUGCUCCAUUGUUAGCCUUCUCCGCAGCCCUAGCAAAGGGAGACGCAUGGAGUUUUUAAGCCCCACUGAGAGUCCUUCAGAUGGGCUGUUAUCACCCAGCGAUGCUCUUGGGCCUACGCCAACUCCACAAUCACAGCUGGCACCAACUGCAGAAUCACCCGAACAGGUCAUGAUAGAGAAAGUCCUUGCAAAGAAUGAUGGCCGCUCUACCCCGUCUGGUUCUCAGGUUAUUCUAAAACCCAGCAAAGAUGUUGUGCCUGCCAUGAUUCCUGACCUCAAAACAACUUCAAGGGACCAAACAGUCACUGCAGUAAUAGACACUAAUGUACCUUCCAGUGAUACCAAGACUGGUUCCCAGGUUGUUCUGAAACCUACUAACGAAGAUGGACUUAUGCAAGCACCUGACUUGAAAACAACUUCAUUAGACCCCCAGGUCAUAAAGUUAACAGACACUAAUUCUCCUGCUCCACCUGGUUGUACCCAGUCUGGUUCGCAGGUUGUUCUAAAACACACCAAGAAUGAUGGACCUAUCAAGACACCUGACCUUAAAACAGCUUUGAAAGAUCCCACAGUUACUAUGUUAACAGAAUCGAAUGCACCUCUUAGUGAUACCCAGACUGGUUCCCAGGUUGUUCUAAAACCUACUAAGGAAGAUGGACCUAUGCAAACACCUGACUUGAAAACAACUUCAUUAAACCCUCAGGUCACAAUGAUAACAGACACUAAUUAUCCUCCUAAACCUAGAUUUACCCAGUCUGAUGGACCUAGCAUGACACCUGACCUCAAAACAACUUCAAGAGAUCCCACAGUUACUAUAUUAACAGACUCUAAUGCACUUUUACAUCCCAGUGGUAAGCAGACUACUUCCCAGGUUGUUUUAAAACCUACUAAGGAUGAUGGACCUACCCUGACACCUGACCAAGUCACCAUGUUAACAGACACUAAAACACCACCACUUCUCAGCACUAUCCAGAUUGGUUCUGAUGUUGUUCUGCAACCUGAUGGACCAACCCUGAUGCCUGACCUGAAAACAGAUGCUAGUGCUCCUCCACCCUUUCCUUCCUUUGAAGACAUCAAGAUGCCUAGUUUCCUAGACAAAUUUCUUCCAAAGGAGCCUGAAACCACUCGAUCAUCAAAUACGGUGGCUAGAGAAAGGGCUUCCAUACCUGGUCUAGUGGAUCUGAAUACGGCUGUUGGCGUAGCUGACGGGAAAACCCAAGACGUUACGAUUCCACCUCCACCUCAAGUUCCAGAAGCCCAAAUCCCUCAAGCUAAACCUCAGAGAGAACUCCCAAAUAUUCCAGCUGCUCGUGGAAUCCAUCGGCGUCCUGCAAAGAUUGUGAUAUUUGAGCACCAUCAGUUCAACGGUCAGUCCUUUGAGUUCUUCAGGGAACAACCUGAUGCUACACAAAUGCAACUGUCCGGUGUCAUAUCUGUGAAAGUGGUCAGAGGAUGUUGGAUUCUGUAUGAGAAACCAGGGUUUGAGGGACGAUGCAUCGCUCUGGAAGAGGAAAUCGUUAACGAACUGCCCAAUCAAUGGGCGGAAGAGGGCGAAGAAACACCUGCCCCUAUGGUCAUUGGCUCAAUUCGUCUGGCAAUCAGAGACUACACUCCUCCCCGGAUCGAGCUGUUCACCGAGCCCACUGGCAUGGGCAGAAGCUUUGAGUAUGUGGAUAUCACCGAGGAAGUGGGCAGUUUCAGCCUUCCCCAGAACACCGGCUCUAUCAAAGUCCACAGCGGUCUGUGGAUGGUUUACAGUGAUCCAGGUUUCCAGGGACUGCUGGCAGUGAUGGAGGCCGGAGAAUAUCCGUACCCCGAGGACUGGGGUUUCCCGUCGCCGAUUGUGGGCUCUUUGAGGCCCUUGCGCAUGGGCCUUCCGAAAGUAGAGAACCCGACUGCAGUGAAGGCGGUGUUGUAUGAGGAAGCCGGUCUGGAGGGCCGUUGUGUUGAGGUGCAGGGAGACGUGUUUUCCUUCUCCGACCCGGACGAUCACGGAUUGAACUGUGUGGAAUCACUGAAGAUCCUCGGAGGCCUGUGGGUUGGAUACGAGCACGAGGGUUUCGACGGGCACCAGUUCAUCCUGGAGGAAGGAGAGUAUUUAGACUGGAGAGACUGGGGCGGGACGGGGCAGAAGCUGCUCUCGCUGAGGCCCGUCUUCAUGGAUUUCUCUUCCCCUCAUGUGAAGAUGUUUAGUGAGCCGGACUUUUCAGAGCUAGGCGUCAGUAUCGACCUCCUGGAGCCGCUGGAAGACGCGUCGGACACACACUACGGCCCACACACACGCUCCAUCGAGGUCCUGGCAGGAGUCUGGGUUGCGUUCGAGGACGCCGGGUUGUGUGGUCGUCAGUAUGUCCUGGAGAAGGGUCUCUACGGAAGCCCGGAGGACUGGGGCGCGGCCGACAGCCGAAUCUCAUGUGUGAUCCCGGUGACUCUGGGAAGUCUGGAAAACUCCUGCCACUUCCAGCUCGAGCUGUUUCCUGAGCCGGGGCUCGGCGGCACGUCUGUAGUUCUGCAGGACUCAUUACCCAGAAUGCCUGAGGGGUUCAUCGUGCGCUCCUGCAGGGUCUGUGCUGGAAGCUGGCUGGCGUUUGGCUGUGAGGGUUUCUCCGGGCAUCAGUGUGUUCUGGAAGAAGGUGUGUAUCCAGAUCUGAGGACGAUGGGCUUCACACAACCCGACGCAUCAGUGCUGUCUGUCCAACCCACUGGACAUGAGUUUUCUCUGCCGUCUAUCGUUCUGUUCGAGCGUCCUGGACUCAGAGGAAGGAGAACUUUACUGAAGUCGAGCUCCGUGAACCUGCAGCUGACGGAGAGCUGGAGCAGAGUCUCCUCUGUGCUGGUGGAGGGCGGCAUGUGGGUUCUGUACGAGGCCAGUAACUUCAGAGGUUCUCAGUUCCUGCUGAAGCCUGGCGCUGUUCCUGAUUGGCCCAAACUCUCCUCCUGGCGUCGAAUCGGAUCGCUCCGCCCAAUCAUGCAGAAGCAACCGCUGUUCCGCUUGCGUAACGAAGAGGCGGGGCUAAUGAUGUCAGUCACCGGGUCACUCGAUGACAUCAAACUGAUGCGUAUCCAGGGGACCGAGGAGAGGGGCGGAGCCGAUCAGAUCUGGGCCUAUCAGGACGGUCGCUUGCAGUGCAAGUGGCUGCUGGACUGCUGUGUGGAUGUGGGUUCUGGUGUUCUGAUGCCCGGCGCUCGAGCGGUUCUGUCGUCAGAGUUCGGCAAACCUCAUCAGAUCUGGAACAUCACGAGCGACGGGAUCAUCCGGAGUAACAGCGCACCGAACCUCGUGCUGGAGGUCAAAGGAGGCCAACAGUUUGACAAAACCCAGAUUAUUCUCAAUGAAUUCAACCCAAAGAAAAUGAAUCAGAGAUGGUCCCUGGAGAUCCUCUGAGAGUCCCUUCCACGCAGCUCCAUCAGGGGACCUACUGCUCUGUGGCCGAGCUGCGCCAGGGGGCCCAGUGUCCUGUGAGGCAGCUGCACCACAGGGACCGCGAGCUAUGGAAAUCUCAUUCAUCAACGAAUGGAAUAUGAUCAUAUUCUACUGGACAUUGUAUUAUUUUUAUAAACUGUCGUUGAGACGCGUCCAAGCUGCCUUUACAAAAGCACAUACUUGAACAAUAAUAAUGUUUCAGGUUGACUUUGUACCUAUAUGGACAUUUGCUUCCUUUUAAGCUGUAUACGUGUGUUUAUAAGUAAAUGUUUGUUUUGUUAAUCA